AAAUAAAAAUUUACUAUACGUUGUCCAUCGACGUGCAUUAACAUUAGCCAUAUUUAGUAUGCAAUUGCCAAAUUUGCUAAAAGUUGUCAAAGGCUUAAAAUUAACAAGAUAUAUGACAAAAGGUGACUUUGGUAGUGGUGCAACAAGCGGAGGUGGAGGUGGUGGAUCCAUUAGAGAAGCUGGGGGAAAAUUUGGUGAAAUGGGUGCUGCAAGAGAGGAAGAAUAUUUUAGAAAAUUGCAAAAACAUCAAUUAGAUACAAUUAAAACUCAACAUAACAUGGAAAUAGGAAUACACGAAGAGGCUAUGAAAAAGCAUGCUGAAGCUAUUAAAUAUCAUAAAAAGAUGAUGAAGGAUUUGAAUGAAAAAUAAUACUAAUUUAUUAUUUUACAUAUAUAAUUUAAAGUGAAUCAAUUUGAAAUUUUAACCUAAUAUUCGUUUUUGAUAAUAAAAUAUGAGUUUAUAGAAUUAAAAUAUAAGAUUUAUAUUUAUUUGAACUUAUAUUAUAUCAUUAAUAUAAACCAAUUUGUGACUAUAAUUAUAACAUAAUAUUUCUAAUAUAAUUUAGCUUCCAAUAUUGUAAA